UUAAAAUUGAGUGGGUAAACUUUGAAAGCUUCGGCUAUGGCUACAAUUGCUUUUGAGAAAUGUCACCUGCAACCAACAAGAAUAGGUAAAGUAAAUUCUGUAAAGUCAAACACUUAGAAAUAUUGUAGAGCGCAUCAAAUCCGCUACCUGCCUGUAAUUAAUUUAAAGAAAAAUAUAAAGAAAGCCCAAACGCAAGGGCUGAGGCGCAUAAUCUUGUAAAGCGCCGCCUCCAGUCUCGAUGACGAGACAAUUAAAAAUUGUUUUAUUCAAAUUUAGCUGCGGUUCGCCCAUAAAACUUCUGCACUUUAAAAUUCCCCAGAGAACGAAGUAUAAAGGGAAUAUGAGACAGGUUUUACCAGGGAAGAGAAAAGAUUGCAGAAUGAAAAGAAGGUCAAGAAAUUCAAGCAGCGUUGUUUCAGGGGAAUAACAGUUUUAAGUUCUACAAAUGGAUAUCUUUCUGAUUCAUGGAUCAGAUACUCUUUGAAGAGGAUGUUUUUUCACAUGGAUGAAACCAUUAUUUGAGCUUGGGUUAUUAUUCAUCAGCUGUUUUCACACCAUAGUUACAAUUAUAUCUCAAGUAUUUCAAAAUGGGGAGUAUAUCUCAACGUGUGGUUGGUCAAAAGGAAAAGACUGUAAGUUUUUAUGUUGAUUCAGAGUCCAAGGAACCUUUUGGAUCAGGGAGGGGCAAAUUUAAUAAAUAUGGCUUAAGACAUAGAAACUCAGACAGGAUAUCAAGCUCUAUGUCAUGGUCUGUAAGAAGAGUAAUGGAGAAAAGAUCACAAGAAGUGAAGAAUAUUGGUCAUUCAUUGCGAAUUGGAGUUUCCAGAGUAGUCUUUCCAGAGGAUCUUAAGCUGUCUGAGAAGAGGUUAUUUGAUCCACAAGAUAAGGUUCUUCAGAGGUGGAACAAAUUUUUUAUUAUAUCGUGCAUAGUUGCAGUAUUUGUUGAUCCCCUGUUCUUUUAUCUGCCACUUGUGGAUAAUGAAUUAAACUGCCUUGAUAUAGAUAAGAAUUUGGCAUUGGUUGUUACUAUUCUGCGGUCUCUGAUAGAUAUCUUUUAUAUAAUACACAUGGCCCUCCAGUUCCGAACAGCUUUCACAUCCCCUUCAUCUAUGGUAUUUGGGAGAGGAGAGCUUGUGAUGGAUCCAAUACAAAUUGCAAAAAAAUACUUGUCAACAUACUUCAUUAUUGACUUUCUUGCUGUGUUGCCUCUUCCUCAGGUCAUUAUCUGGAUAUUUGUUCCAAAAUUGACAGGUUCAAAUGCAUUGUAUACAAAGAAUGCUUUACGAUUUAUCAUCUUUCUUCAGUAUUUGCCAAGAUUCUUCCGUAUGUUUCCACUUAAUGCAGAGGUUGUAAGGACCAGUGGACGAUUCAAUCAAACAGCCUGGGCAGGGGCUGUUUACAAUUUACUUCUGUUUGUUCUUGCAAGUCAUGUGGUCGGAGCUUGCUGGUAUUUAUUUGCACUGGAUCGGAUGGUUACGUGUUGGAAAGAAGCAUGCGAACCUGAUAAUAGUUGUAUUCUGGACUAUGUCUACUGUGGAAAUAAAUAUGAUGAUGGUUUCAACAUUUGGCGUGAGACUGGCCUGCAAGAGCUCAGUUCUAAUUGUACUGUGAAUAGUGAUGGUACAUCAUCAUUUAAUUAUGGAAUAUACAAUUUUGGUCUUCGUUUAGGGGUUGUUGCAUCAAGGAAGUUUGUACAGAAAUAUUUCUUCUGCUUAUUCUGGGGCCUCCAACAACUAAGCACACUUUGCCAGGGUUUGUCACCCACCCAGUAUUUUGGAGAAGAAAUUUUCUCAAUAUCCAUUAUAGUUCUUGGGUUAAUAUUAAUGGCACUUCUUAUCGGCAACAUGCAGACCUAUUUGCAAUCUUUGACAAUCAGGCUGGAAGAAAUGAGAUUAAAGAGGACUGAUACAGAACAAUGGAUGCACCGUCGGUCUCUCCCUGAAGAUCUUAGGCAGCGUGUUCGUCUACAUGGCCAGCACAAAUGGAUUGAAACCAGAGGAGUUGAUGAAGAGCAUUUAAUUCAGAACCUUCCAAAAGAUCUCAGGCGUGACAUCAAGCGGCAUCUGUGUUUAGAUUUGGUCAAACAGGUACAUUUGUUUAAGAAUAUGGAUGAUUGUUUAUUGGAUGCAAUUUGUGAGCGUCUUAAAACAUCCCUUUAUACUGAAGAUGCAUGCAUUGUAAGAGAAGGAGAAUACAUAGAUGAGAUGCUUUUUAUCAUUCAAGGCCAAAUAGAAAGUGUGACAACAAAUGGAGGAAGAAUUGGAUUUUUCAAUCAUGUUGUUCUGAAACAAGGAGAUUUCUGUGGGGAGGAACUACUGACAUGGGCUUUAGAUCCAAAGUCUGGUGCAAGCCUUCCAUCAUCAACGAGAACAGUGAAAGCUUUGUCAGAGGUAGAGGUAUUCUCCUUAAGAGCAGAAGAUUUAAAAUUUGUUGCAACCCAGUUCCGGCGCCUGCACAGCAAACAGGUUCAACAUACCUUUCGCUUCCACUCCCAACAUUGGAGAACAUGGGCUGCUUGUUUCAUUCAAGCAACCUGGCGCAGUCACUGCAGAAGGAAGCAUGCUGAAUAUCUUCUCAGCAAACAGUACAAAUUGCCAAGUGCUAUGGUAGUGGACAAUUCUACUGUUUCCCCCAACUUUAAAGCAGCUUUUUAUGCAUCCUACUUUGCCACAGAUGCUCUUCAUGGCAUGCACAGAAAUCGUAACAUGAAGUUAUCAGAACAACCAACACAACUAGUUGAACUACAAAAACCCCCAGAGCCUGAUUUCAGUGCUGAAGAUUAUGAAUAAGUUUUAUAUUAAUAUUUUGCAUUGUACAGGAAUUUUCCUUGCGUGCAACCAUAAAACAUGUCUUCGCUAGUUGUUGGUGAACAUUUGGAAAGAAUGAAGAUCUCUUUCAUAUCUGGAUUGAAGAAAAUUGUUUUAAUUGUUUACCAAUUUUAAGUUGAUAAUCUAUCCAGCAUGAAAGUCGGCAUGCUUCUAUUGUUAUGGUCAAGAUUAUAAGAUUCAUUCUAUACAUAUUACUUUUCAAUUCUGGCAAAUUUGGCUCGUAUUGUACACUUUUGCUGGUGUGAAAAACAGGCUGUAUCAAAUCUCGAGGGUUUUUAGCUUUGCAUGAUUGAUUUUGUUGACAUCAAAUUAUAUUAUUUUACACUGCAGAUUUUGUGUUGUGAA